AUGUCACCACCAGACAAGCUUGAUCUUUGGAACCUGUACGACGCAACUGUGGAGAAGUUCUUUGUCGUGCGGAACUCGGUGAUUGACGCCCAGAACGACCUUGGGCGUGUGAAUGACGCUGAGCCAGAAGACUGCGCCGCUAGGUGUCUGGAACUUGACACCUGUCAAUCAUUUGAGUACAAGGCGGAGCACCGGAAGUGCGACCUGUCGUCUGCUCGCAUCGAGGACAAUGAGCUGAUCCGCAGCGUCCACGGCUGGGAGAUUUACGCCAUGUUUCCAAACAGAGCUCAAGUCGCCAAACUCACAAAGACCAUCGAGUCUCACGUCAGUGAAACUGCCGAACUUCAGGCAGCCCUGGAAAGCGUCCAAGCUGAUAUCAAGAAAACGGAACGCCUCCUUCAGAACGCAACUGCGCAGGUUGACACCAUGAUGGACGAGCGGGACGGGUUGGCUCAGGAUAUGGACACCCUCGUGGCUCUGCUCCAGUCCUCUAACGACACUCUCGCCGAGGUGAUGGCAUCCUACGAGGAACUGACCCAGGCACGUGACGAUUUGGAGGAGACCCUCAGCCAACAGGAGGCUCAGAUCACCGACUUGGAAUCCUCUGCCUCGUCCUUGACCGAGUCGGUCGGGUUCAAGGACGAUACCCUGAGGAAGAUCUACGCAGCCAAGGCCGAUACUGAGGCCGAGCUUGCAGAGGUCAAUGGCGAGGUCAGCAUCCUGCAGUCACGUGUCACGAGCUUGAACCAGCAAAUACAACGUCUCGAGACUGAGCUAGACGCCGCAGACGAUCCGGAAGUGUACACUGCACGUGACUGUUACGAGUUGUACAAGCUUCAUGGCGUCAGGGAGGAUGGUGUUUAUGACAUCUAUCCAUUCGGCCUCACCGGCAAGUCUGUGAAGGCUUUCUGUUACAUGGGUGACGGCGGUGGAUGGACGGUUAUUCAACGCAGAGACAUAGCAAGUGGAUGUGCCCAGAAAUUCGACAAAUCUUGGAAUGAAUACAAAAACGGAUUUGGAGACGCCGGCAGCGAUUAUUGGCUGGGUAAUGACGCCAUUUCCUCCCUGACGACGCGUCACUCCGAACUUAAGGUGUACAUCAAGACGAGUGUUGGUCAGCUCCGAUACUCGCAUUACAGGGAUUUCCAGAUGGACUCCAGCAGCCGCAACUUUAAGCUGAAGUCAGUUCGCUACAUCGCAGGAAAUGCAGGCGAUCAAUUGACUUACCUGCGAAACUACAGCUUCGGCACAAAGGACAGAGAAAACAACAACAACAGAUGUAGUAGUACACAAAAUGGCGGCUUUUGGUUUAAGACCACGAGAUACUGCGCCAAAUCUGGCUGGUGGGGAUCCUGUAGUCGCUAUCAGUACAGCUGUUCUACCACCAACGUGAACGCCAGGACGCCAUCUUGGUCCCAGGCCUCUAACUGGUCUCUCAUGAGGAUCCGCACUCAGUAAACAGCUACGCUGCGCGGGAAUACCGAACUACUUUUGAUCGACAAGUGCUAAAGGCGCAUUCGUCAAAAGCGAAACGUUGGCGAGUGGAUUUGUAUAUCAGUUGUUAACGUCGAUGGUGAUGA